AUGUCGUCGGAAGAAGAUGUUGUCUCUGCUCUCCGCUGGAAUAACAAUAUGGCUGUCGUAAUUCUUACCCUCGUAUCCUAUGACUACAUACUUCAGUUCGAGAAAGAGGUCAAGUAUGUCUGGGUUCGAUAUUUUGGUCUUUUCCUUGCAAUGGUUUGCGGCUGCUGCUAUGGUCUUGUCGUUUUAGUUGAAUGGGGCUUGUCCGUAUAUUUUUUCGUGGCGGAAGUCAUUCUCAUCUGGCGUCUUUACGCCCUAUACAACCAAUCCAAGCUCAUACUUCGACCCGCAGCGUUCUCGGUCGUAGAAAUCACAUAUCCGCACGCCAACUACUGCACAUCUUCCUUCAACAUAGGGCCCAUGCCUGCGAUAUAUGCUUCCAUCCCCAUCAUAUGCUAUGAUAUUUUCCUAGUCGUUCUCGCGGCUGUCAUCCUCGUGAAACACAUGAAAGAACGAAGAGAAGUCAGAAUGAGGCCCAACACCUAUGUAGUCAUGAUCGUUCGAUGUCAUAUCAUAUACUUCGUCCUGAACUUGACAAACCAAAUAUUAUCGGCGCUAUUAUGGAUCAACCUGCCAGAACCAGCGAUGAGUCUCUCAGAGACGUUCAUCAAUACCGCUCCAUUUAUUAUCGCCCCCCGUCUGAUCAUCAGCAUUUGGGAUAUGCAUGCCAACGAAGAGUGUUCAAAUAUCAUCAGCACGGCGGCGUUCGCAGAUUGUAUGUUCGACGAGCACGAGAUGGACUCCUGCACACGAUUGCCGGAACCAUGA